AUGAAUUUGUACAGUCCUUCAAAUAAAAAGGCAGUUCAUAUUAAUAAGGAAUAAUUGAUGAAUUAAAGGAAAAAUGAAAUUAAAAGAAUAGCGAGCGAAGGCAGACAUUUCAGAUUCAAAAUCAAUGAAUAAGAUGAUGAAUAUUAUCUGAAUAGAAUAAUUGCAUUAAAAGCAGAAAAUGAUAUAGCCUACAAUGAUUCAAAGAGACAAGAAAUUAGUCACGUAUUGCUAUACAAAUAUCAAAAUAUAGAUUGAUGAGCAGAUUUAUAAGGAGUUAAACUUUAUUAAAAAUUAGAUUGAGACUGUUAAAAAUGAAUUAAAAGUAUCAAGUAUAUUUACAUUAAGCUGUGCGACAGUGUUAGUUCAGGCAGAAAUAGAAGCAACAAUCCUUCCAUUAUAAGUUCCAAAACCUUAGAAACUAUGCAUUAAAAAUUGUCCCAUAUAUACACGAAUAAUUCUGUCAAUCACACAUCCAAAAUUAGAAAUUUCAGCAAUUAUGUUAUAGAAAAGCAAUAGAAUCUAAGUCCUAAAUCAUAAUGCGAUCAAAAAAUAUCUAAUUCAUAUAUUAAGUGGAAAAAUAAAGCUCAAUAAUAAGGUAGAAAAAUUGAGAACAACAAUAAUGUUAAUGUUUAAUAGGGCUAAUCAAAUGAUUAUCUUUUUUGUCUAUUCUCAAGACUGAGUAACUCCUCCAUCAUUUAAUUAAUGGGUAAAAAUAAAAUAAAAGUGAAUUAAGAAGAUAAAUGUCGUAACCAAUGCUCCUAUAAAACUUAUACUUUCAAAAACAACCUCAUUACAACAUUUAACGAAAUAGAUAGAUUUUAUAGUCAAAAUAAAUUCCAAAAAAACUUCAUGAUCAUUGGUGGUAAGAGCACUUCUAAAAAGAAAAUUGUAGAAUAAUUAAUCAGAUCUAUGAUUUUGUAACUAUAGUCUAAUGUACUAUCCAUUAAAGUUUCAUAUGCGAUUCAUGGAUCUAUUAGCAAACCAGAUGUGUUCAGAUAAUUACCCUUCAAUAUGCAAAAUCAAGAGGUUGCUUUAUAUUAACAGGAGUGUCACUUACAAGCUCCUGAAGUUAUAUUUCAUCAGUUGUAGUUAUUAAUUUAACAAUCUCUUACAGAUCCCUAUUACUACAUUAAAUAAUAUUUUCACGAUUAACUUCAGAUGACUUAAAACCCACAAAUCAAAAAAACAUUGAUGAAUCUAAUAAAUAAGGACAUUAGUUGUAUCAAAGGCUAUAAUAUACAGUUAUCAACUUAUAAUGAAAAACUGUAAUAUAAUAUUCUUACAACUAACUAUUUAAUCUCAAGCAACAACUACUCAAUCUUCACAGGUAAUAGUUAAAGUCUUCUUCAAAAUGGGCAAGGACAUAAUUUUAUCCUGGAGUGUUUGGAGUAAAUGAAUAAUGAUGAAACUGUUCGAUUAUUUUGCAUAAAUCCUCUGAGGUACAGAAUUAAUGAUUCCUUACAUCUAUUAAAAAUGAUGAUUAAUUGA